GUUAAAAGGAAAUACAGAUUGCAGAAAAUACACAUACAAUAGGUUGAAGAGUUCCUGUUUGCUUGGCUUACUCUUAGGAUUUGAAGACGGAAGUAGUACGUUCCACCGAAACGUCGGUAAAUUUAUACCAGGCUAGAUGGCAUCACAUCCCAGGGCAAAAUACUCUUAAACAGUGAAGUAAUUUCCGGAACAUUUGUACGUGAAUUUAGGCACAAAUUUAGGAUGUGAUCUCGGAAAAUAGCAGAACGAGACCCUAUUUGAAUUAUGAAAGGCAUAUAGUAACCAUAUUGAAUACGAAGCCGUUUCCGUAUGCCAAGUUAGAUAAGUUACCAACACUUAGUUUAAGAGCCAAAAAGAAAGGAAAUAUUUUAUUUGUUGUAGGAUAACAUGGGAGUAAUCAAACUGGAACCAAGUGGUGAUGAUGCAGUAAUUACCACAUCUUCUGGUGUGUUGUAAGUCAUGAAACACAAUGCUGUGAAGAGUGAAGAUCAGUUGAGCUGACUGAAUGCCUCAUAAUAAACGUAAUCUAUGAUGCUGAAAAAUAAUAAGAUAAUUGGAAUUAAUGGCAACAAAAGAAGCUGUGGAGUGGAAGGAUCAGUAUACACAAUUUCCUUUGCCUUGCAUCAGAUCUGUAUACAACACCUCUGGUUCUCAAAAUAUACAAUGUGUGACUGAUGUAAUUUUUUCUGGCAGCAUGGAAGAUAUAGCCGAUGACCAUCCCAUGUCUGCUGUUUCUGAAAACAAUCUGACUCAGCAAGUGCUAUAUCCUUUCCCCACGAUAUUUUUAAAGAGUGAAAUAAAGCAGGAGGAGUCAUGUGACAGUACCACAAUAAAGGAAGAAGACUUAACAGAGGAACACAAUGUCAUUGUCAACAACUUCAGCAGUGAAAUGGAAGAAAGUUCUUUGCUGGACCAUACAAAGAUUCUUCCAAACUAUGACAAUUCUGUAACACAUGCAUCUGAUGGACCUGGCAGGAUGGCGAUUGCCCAGGAUUGUGACCCUGUGGAACAUGUGCACACUGAUGAAAAGAGAUACAAAUGUGCUAUAAGCAGAAAGGAAUUCUCAAGAGGAAGUAGGAAUUUCAUAAAUCAUCGACUUACACGCACAGGAGACAAGCCAUUCAAGUGUGACAUCUGUGGGAAAGAUUUCAUGGUGAAAAUAAGCCUAUUAAGACAUGAAAGUAUACAUACUGGAGAGAAACACCACACAUGUGAGUUCUGUGCUAAAGGUUUCUCAUGCAAACAGGAUCUGAUGAUACAUCACCGAAAGCACACUGGUGAUAGACCUCAUAAAUGUGAACUAUGUGGAAAAGGUUUUUCAGAUAGUGGAGUUCUUCGAAAACAUCGCCGCAUACACACUGGUGAAAAAGCAUUUACAUGUGACCUUUGUGGAAAGGCAUUUGCUGCAAGUGGAAACAUGUUAAGUCACAGACGUAUACACACUGGAGAUAGGCCAUUUAAAUGUGACAUAUGUGGUACUGGAUUUUCACAACGCUCACACCUAGUGAAGCACAGUCGAACACAUACUGGAGAGAAGCCUUACAAGUGUGAAUAUUGCAGCAAAGUAUUUUCAGGCAGUGGAAAUCUACUUUCUCAUCGUCGGACACACACAGGUCAUAAACCUUACAAGUGUGAUAUUUGCGGGCUAGAAUUUUCAUCCAGUGGUACUCUCUCAGUUCAUCAUCGAACACACACCGGGGAUAAACCUUAUACUUGUAAUGUAUGUGGGAAACGAUUCUCGCAUUCAGCUAGCAUUAUCAGACACAGUCGGAUUCACUCAGGAGAGAAGUCCUUGUGUGAAAUAUGUGGCAAAGCGUUUUCAAACAAUGCGAGCCUUGUCAGACAUGGCAGAACUCAUACUGAAGAAGAAUCUUUGCAUUGUGAGAUGUGCGGAGUGGGAUUCUCAUUAGGGGAGAAUCUUAUUCAGCACCUAUGCAUGCAUGUGUAACUGGAUCUUUGAAUGUGAAAUAUUUUAAAACCAUUCAGACUGCUCACAGUAAAUAUAUUGGUUCAGGAAGUACAUGUUUAAAAUAUAUAACAUUAACUGCUCAUCAUGUGCCAAAUAUAUGCAGUAAUAUGUUACUGUCUGUCAGGAUUGCCAUGGCAGAGAGGGGUUGAGAGAGUGGGAGGAGGUAUCUGUGUUGCCUUUUUGCCUUAGGUAGGAAGGAGUUCAGAGGGGCCGUGAGCACACUACGGCAAUUCUGGUGUGCAGUACUAAGUUUUGGAGAUCUUGAUUUAAAGUAUCUCCAAAAUUAUUUUCCACCAUUUGUAAAAAUAUUGUAUUGUUUUGAAGAGUUCUGUCAUGUGGGAUAUAAUGCCACCUGGUCUGUUGAAAGUCAGCUGACGUUUCAGAGGAUCAUGUCGCUUCCAUGUUGAAAUUCUAACAAUAAACGAAGCAAGGAACCAACGUGGAGCAGGUAGCAAGCAGAGCAAUUGGCUUGCCCAGAUUUUAGUUAAUAUGUGAAAAGGUGGAGAAAUGCAAUGUUCCAGAGUGGUAGGUGAAUUAAUAAUUGGCAAUGAUGUGGAAGGAAGCAGUAGGUGCCAUCCGGUCUGCAGAACAUGGACAUGAAUAUGGACUACAGACAGUGGGUUGAGGGAGGAAGUUACGAGCACUGUUGAAGAUCUGAGGUUCUCAAGACUGUUAUUAUGAAAAUUAUUGUCUCCUGGAUGUGACUUUGUGUAGUCUGAUAGAGUGUUACCAACUUUAAAGAAAACUGCUGCCUCUGCACGGCAGAAGAGUCCUCAGUGGUAACAUUUCUCAACCAGUGGGAUGCAAAAUUUGGUGGUCAGCUGGGUGGGAUAUGAAUUCUUGAAAAUAAUAAUGAAAUCAGUGAUAUAAAAUUCAAUCACACAAAACUAUUCUGCAGUCUUAGAACAAGCUUCUCAUUAAUGUUGCAUUAUAUUUAUAUUCCUGUAAACAGAACUAUGUUGCUUUUGUAUAAUUAUGGUAACAGAACAUAUUAACAAAAAUUGUUACAAUUAUUUAAGAACUUUUGGACUUCCAUCAAUCCUUAACAAUAUAUGUAUUAAAAUGUUCAUGAAUGUAACAAUACACUUUUUUGAAAAGAGAAACUUUGUUUUUGCUGUGAUGAGACAUGAAAUGUCAAAGGCUGAACAUGACUGUUCUACACGGAGUCUAUUUUGCUGAAUGCCCUCAAAUCCUGAACUGCUCUUGUUGGAAGAUGGAGGCAUAUGUAUCCUGGUUCCUGGGAUGUAUCGGACUAAACUCCAUCACAUCUCAGGAGACUGUAAUCUUCCGGAAAUGCAUUGGCUUCAGUGUAAGAUGUAACAUCUAGAGAUGAGUCUUUAUUAUGAACUCACAAGAGCAGGACCCUACAAG